AUGAUUGAACUUAAUUGUAAUCUGCCUUGUACAUUAGAACUGACAGUCGGAAUAGAUGGUCUACCUAUUUCUAAAAAUCCACCAAGUCAACUGUGGCCAAUACUUGGAUACUUUUCAAAUUUGGAAUUAAACAAAUUUAAAGUUUUUAUGAUUGGCGCUUAUUAUGGUAAACCUAAACCUGAAGAUUCCAAUGAGUUUUUGCAAGAUUUUGUAAAUGAGUUGUGUGAUCUUAUAAAUAUUGGCGUUGUUUCUAAUAAUACACACUUCAAAGUAAUACUAAAGGCUUUGAUAUGUGAUACUCCGGCAAAAUCAUAUAUACUGAAUGUAAAACGACAUACUGGCAAAAAAUCUUGUGUAAGAUGUAUUAUUUCAGGUCAAUAUGAAAAUAACAGAGUAUUUUUUCCACUCUUAAAUUUGCCUCUUAGAACACAUGAUGAUUUUAUUGCUCACUCUGAUACUGAAUUUCAUUCUGGCCAUACUAUAUUAGUAAAUAUACCCAAGUUUAAUCUUGUACAUGAUAUACCGUUUGAUUAUAUGCAUUGUGUGUGUAUUGGUAUCAUGAAAAAAUUAUUAGUUUUUUGGAAUGGUGGAAUCAAACGUCACAACUUGACUCUUCCUCAUAACUUGAUUUUAUCAUUGGAUGAUAAGUUAAAUGAUUUAGGUCAUUAUAUACCAGAAGAGUUUCAAAGAGCACCGAAUGCCAAUAGUCGAAAACAUCCUUUUCGAGAUGCCAGCCGAUGA